AUGUGUCUGAACAAGGAGCUCUUCGAGAGGGCAGAGUGGCGCGACAUCGUGAUCUGCUUAGCGUUUCCACCUUCAAUGUUUAUCAACACUAGAGCCCUCUUCCAUAAGUGGCUUUUGCUUACGGGACUUGCUUCGGUCCAUGAGUUUCUUGCCGGUUUGAUCUCUAGAAUAGAUGUAGUAACAACAACUGGGAGAAUGAAAACAGAACAUGACUCUUCUUGA